AUGGAGAAAGGGUAUAAUUUGGAUGGUGUGCUUGGCACAUCACUGAUAGAAAUGUAUUACAAAUGUGGAAGCAUAGAGAGUGCUUUACAGGUUUUUCGAGCAAUACCCAAUAAGAAAUUAGGCCAUUGGACUGCUAUAAUUGUGGGGUUAGGAAUGCACGGACUGGCCAGACAUGCUCUUGAGGUAUUUCUUGAGAUGCACAAAGUUGGAUCGACUCCCGACGGUAUAACCUUUGCUGGGGUGUUGAAUGCUUGUAAUCAUGCAGGAUUGGUUGAUAAUGGUCGUCAGUUUUUUGGCAUGAUGAUAAAUGAGUAUGGUUUGGAACCCAAUAUUGAACAUUAUGGCUGCUCAGUGGACAUUUUGUGUCGAGCUGGGCAUCUAGAAGGGGCAAAGCACAUAAUACAGAACAUGCCAAUGGAAUCAAAUAGUCAUUAG